AUUGACAGAAGCCCGCCCACGCACCUUUCACUCACUAGAGAGAACCUUUACAAUCAGGAUGACAGAGGAGAAUAAGGAAAAGGUUCAAGAUGGAGUAUACAUCCAAGAAAGGGUGAUACAACAUCCCCCUCAUAUCAGGCUCAGCAGAAGUCAAGAAAGAGGUAGACUCAUGCUCCAGGAAUACAAGUUAAAAAUCCUUAAAAGUAAAAUCAAUGCUGCAAGAGAAGUGAGAAUAAAAGAACCUCAGAAGAUUGCUGACAAGCCGUCAUGCUCAGAGGAAGAAGCCCAUCGAUUCUUCUGCCAUAAAUUUGAUGAAUUGGAGAAGAAUGGACCUACCACUGGCACACGUUCACAACAGAGCGGGAAAGAUACUGUCAUCGAUAUUGAGAAUGUGGAUGAGUGUCAUAAUCCUCUUGUUCCUGGUGAUAUUGAGACACUCGAUGUAAAUCCAGACCUUUUAUUUGUACCCAGUGAUUUACCAGUAAACCAAAGGAGGAUUAUACCAAGGUAUUUGAAGCCCCGUUUUCUGGAGGACGAAGGGUUUUAUGUCUGUGAGAGGCCCCAAGUGCCGAAGAAGAUGAUAAACAAAAUGGGCCACCGGCUGAUUGAGGAAGAAAAGGGACAGUCCUGGUUUGGAGAGAAUGGUUGCAUGAUUGCUAUUCCAGACCCAAUCCAGAAGUAUUGGCAUUGUAAAGUAGAUUUCCCAUUCUCAUGCCAGUCUCCUUGUCUGGCCACAGUGCACAUGAGGCCUGAUAAACUGCGAAGUGCAGGGUCUGUUGUCUCUAAUGCAGAUGGCAGUGCAGGGCUGUGGCAGCUUGACCUGAACCUAGCCAGGCUGCAUUUCACCCAUCACCCCCUGUUUAGCACAGAGCAUGUGUUGGCUCAGAGACUGUAUGAGCUCUAUGAGCAUUAUGAAACCCGUGAGAUGAAGGGUGCAACUACCUCUCUGCAGGACAAGCUAAGCGGGCUGAAGAAGUCAGAAACAGCCUUGACCACCACUGAUGAAACUGCGCCUUGCUCAAAGUUACAGGAUCUGAGACAGCAAAUACGAAAGACCCAUGUAGCACUGAAGAUUGAGAGGCAGGCAGACAUCUCUCUGGUGAGGAACAUUGUUGCUGCUUGGAAGCGCAUCAAAACCCUCAGGGCCAAGAACGGCUAUGUGAACACCACUGUGAAAGUACAGCUGCAUAAAGUGAAGGCAAGGAUCACUGACAGCACGACAAACCGAACUGGGACAGAUGAGCACAUGAAAGCAAGUGUCUUCUCUCUUGACAAUCUCUUAACAUAACUGUUAUUAAUAAACUAUAGCCGUACUGUUUGUAGUAACCUUUGUUGCGUUGUUGUCGGUGAAAACAUCCUUUUGCAGACGAAGCUCUACACAGAUGGUGACGUAACGAUCAAGCAGCACUACCUGUGUAGGGAGCUGAAGGAGCAUAACAAAGAGGAGAUAUCCAUCCCUCCAGUUCCAGGACAAGAAGAGGAGAUGUCUACUGAUUCUGUCAAGCAGAAGGCAGAUCAGUUAGAUCUAGUUCCUGUUCUUACUAUGUGUGGGGUGGUCACUCCAACCUCUAGCUGUCCACCUGAUGAGAAGGUUAGAAGAUAUGAACUGGCCAACCACAAAGUAUCAGUGAACAUAUUCUAUAAUGGAAAGCAUGUGUCUACCUCUGAGCCAUCCAUGUUCGACAACAGUGACUUCAGAGUUCAAAUUCAACAGAUGUUCAACAUGCAGAUUGUACACAGCCCAGAGAACAUUAUGCUUGAGAUUUGUGAGACAGUGAAACAAAAGAGCACUGUUGUGGCCAAAAUGUAUGUGCCCAUACCAGACAGGAACAUGCUCUCUAGCAACGCUACAAUGGAGAGGUCAGAGUUCAGCAGUGACAAAGCCAUCAAGGCCUACUACGCUGGUGUUGGGAGCAAUGUCCCAUUCAAACUAGAGAAGGAGGAUGCUGAGGAGUGCCUCAUGACCUCUGGGAGGCUGCUGUAUGUUGUCUCCUGGGCUGUGGAUGAGAGUGGCUUUCCCAUGGCGCCCACUGCCCCACCACACAGACCCCGCUCAACCAGACCCAUGGCCAGCGGUCCCAAUGCAAGUAGGCUUGAAUGGAUCAGGGACCUUCAGUUUGACCCCAACCACCCUUCUAACACAGAACUCACAGAACUCCUUAGGGAGGCCUGUGAGCAGAGAGACAGAGCCACGGGUCACUUCCGCCUGCAUGCCCUGGAGGAGGAGUUUGACUUCACCACUGAGGAGCAGCUGGAGAAGUCCAGUCGCUUUGGUCUCCUGCAGCUGCGGAGCUCUCAUGCUGUGGACGUCAGCCCCUCCAAACCCAUCCCUCUCCACGACAGAGACAUUACUGAAGCAAUGUUCGCUGAUUAUGGUGCAUUCCCAAGUCUGUCCCUUAUGGAUGAAGACCCUAUCACAAUGGGGAGAGCACGCUCUAUCCACUACAUCCAAAAGGCGCUGAAUUUGGCAAGAGAAAAACUGUUGAACAUCAAGAGGAAGUACAAGUUCUCUGAUAUAGUCACCGAGUACCACGAGGCAGAUACAGUGAUGGAGUUCAACUGGGACGUGUUCAGACUUAAGCAACCUCUCCAGCCUCAGCGCGUGAAGAGGAAGAUCAUUCCUACCUGCUCCCUCUCAGACGGGGACCUGAGGAUCCAUGUUGCCAUCAACAAUGCCCAGGGCCUGCCUGUUCGCCAGGAGGCUUUCCUCAAGGAGAUCCAGGCAAGAGGCUCCUGCUGUGGUCUGUCGAGCAGCAGCAGACACAACAUGAAAAGCAGCUCAGAAAAGGCUGUGCUACAGGCUCAGGUUCAGCCCUUCGUGGAGGUUAGGUUUCAGGAGACAACAUAUGAGAGCAGCGUAGAGCAGGGACCCAACCCAUGCUGGAGGGAAGAGUUCACCCUGGAGUUUAAAUCCUUAGGGGGUGAUUAUAGCCACGCGGGCCUUUCCAAAGUACAAGACGACAUUGUCAUCAAUGUGUUUGAUGAGAUGUCCUUUCAAGUCAUUGAGAGCAGUUCUCUGAGAGGCUGUGGAAGCCAGGUGUUCUCUGGCAGACAGUGGCUGGGCUCGGUCACCUUACCCUUCAGAUCUCUGCUGCAGCAAUCCAAGGUGUAUGAGAAACUGACCAUCUGUACCCCACCGACCCUACUGGGCUACAUGUGGACAGGGGAAGACAUGGUCAAUGACCAGGGCGUAGAGAUACCCGCGAGAAGAGAUACCAGUUUCAUGAAUGUCUUCAUCACUUUGGAUCCAGCCAUCUCUCUGAGUGAUGACCAAACAGCAAAGGCAAAUCAUUUUCAUGUUUAAUACUGUUUCAUUUUAAAGAGGUACUAUGUUCUAAAAACCUCGUUGCCUUCAACUAAAAACACUUAAACUUUUAUUUGAUUCAGACGUUUGCUGUGGGAGAUAUUGAUCGAUUAAGAUAUGGAAUAUGAUUACUCAUUAAUCAGUAUCCAUUCUUUUAAAGUGCUUAUGUUUAAUGUCAUGACUACUGUGAUUGAUAACCAACU